AUGGCGAGCAUCUGGGUUAACAACACCGCCACCUCGGCUACUGAUAUUGUUGUUCUUCGCUCCACCAGUGUCCACGACGACAAGAAUGCGUCUUCCAUCAACGAGCCCAUUCGCCGCGCUUCCUCUCCUUUCGGAGGAAUCCCUCUCAAAAUGCUAAAUUUGCUGACACGUUCUGCAUCUCCCCAAUUUGGCUACGUGUCACCUACACUCCACGACGACCUGCGCGACAGCGAGAAAGCACAGCUCUUCGACCACUUUUGUAACGUCUUAUCACGUUUGAUUGUUCUUCGAGAAGGCGGAGGCAACCUAUUCCAGCAACUGAUUGUACCACUCUCGCAGCACAGCCAACCUGUUCGAGAGGCUACAUACGCGCUAGCUGGAGGUCAUCUGGAAUACCGAGGACAAAGUGUCCGGCACAGCUCCGUGUAUUUCUACAAUCGGGCGAUCCGGUCAUUAAGGCUAUCAAUAACUAGAGCUCCAGAUACUUGCAACAAAGAAGCCUUAACUACAAUUAUACUUCUAAUCUGCUACGAGGCGUUGGUUCAAAACGGCCAUUCGAACAUGAUUUCCCAACACCUUCACGGUGUUAUGGCUUUGCUUAACAGCUACCGCGAUACAUCAGAUCCUACCAGAAGACUACUAGAGCGGGCUUUUGUUUUCUACGAUGUCGUCACCGCGUUAUCUUUAGGUACUGUAUCAGUCACUUCGAAUCUUGGGAGACGGUCUCUGCAGCCAUUAAAUCCUCUUAGUUCCCAAGGGAACACUGCACCGGGAGGGAGUUCUGAUGCCUUCCUCAGCAUGACUGUUUCUUUGUGGCCGAUUAUGCACAAGCUGUCUAGCCUGCAUAAAUUCAAGUCAGAAGUACUGAAAGCCACAUGCAGCAAUGACAAUUCGAAGAUGCUGGCAUUGCAGUCCGAGCUCUACAAACAAGCAAAGGAAGUUGAGGAUGCCCUCCUUGGAUGGUAUUUACAAUGCGGGUUAGAAAUGUUCGAGCCAGGACAGAAAAAAGCGCCAAAACCAAGCGUUUUUAGUAGUGCUCUCGCCUAUCGCCAUUCUGCGCUGGUGUUCCUCUAUCGUACCUUUCUCGGUCACUCUCGCGGUCACCAUCUAGUGCAACACCAUGUCAGUAAGAGUCUUGAAUACUGCAUGGCUACCGUGACUAGCAACGGGCCACUGGGCACUCUUCUGUGGCCUUUAUUUAUAGCCGCAGUGGACGCAGAAAAUGAAGAACAGAGAAAAUUUGCUACCGACGCAUUCUUGGAGAUGGAUCGGCGUCAAGGAAUGCAGAAUAUCGCAAGGGCAUGGUGUAUCGUACAAGAAGUAUGGCGACGAAUGAAUCCGAGGAAUAUGCAAACUGUGAAUGAAAAGCUGGGUGUGGGCAUACAAACAGAGAAUGAUUGGCGGACUGUGCGUGCCGAAAUGGGCUUUGAACUUAUUCUGGCAUAG